AUGAGUUUCAACCUCAGCCCUCCCGUUUCGUCUCCCCCAGGAUUUGCGGAAGACUUCGAAUCCGCUGGUGCUCAUGGCAGUGUCUCACCGAAUAGCAAAGACGCUAUCGGUUCAGAUGCCCUACUCCAACAUUCUCAUGAACAACAAGCCGAAUUUCCAUCCAAUUCCAACCUUUUCAGCUACGAGCAUGACAUUAAUGGAAAUGGUGGGAACCCUGGCAAAAAGCGUAACGGGGAGCCUCUCCGCUACCGCUGUGUGGUGCGUCCCGCGGGUGGCUCCGAAUGCUCACCAGUUUUUGUGGACAGUAACAAGAGGCGUAUGACUAGAUCUGGAAUACCGGCUCAUGUGGAAAGCCCGCCUCAAACUGCAAAAGAGAAGUUAGAGCACUACAAAGCACAUUUAGAAACCUUCCUCGAUCAGCAUACUCACCAGUAUUUGCCCCAGACUCAAUAUAACGGCUCAACUCGGACGGGGAAGACGACGCGGCAUCUUGACAGCACCGGCUUGAGUACUUAA